AUGACCGAAAAGAACUUACGUCUACGCCUCGUCGUGCGCAGGGAUGGUUUGCCCGAGGAUCGACUCCUUCUCGAAAAAAUCAACGAGACCAUCCCUCUAGAAAUAGGCCAGAGAGGUUUGGAGAAUUACGUUUGCUUGCACUUCCAACCAGUUCGCGCUGUCCUCAAACAAGAUGAUCGAGUCUUCAUUCGAACCCUAGAUCGAGACGACAAUAAACGACGUCGCAUCAGUGGUCGACAUCAGAUUUCCUUCGAUGGCAUACGUCUAAUUGAUGGGAUCCCGUUCGGCCGUCGCCUGCUCAGAGCCCCGAUCACUCGGCCUCCAAUCACUCUCCCUCCGCAGAAGCGACGUAGGCUCACAUAUGAUCAAGAAGGCGACGACGAUGACGACGAUGACGACCUAUACCGCGAAGAUACUCCCAUGCUACUGCUCACCAGUAGCGACGAAGUCGGAGACGUGGAGAGUUCUUCGAACGUUCGAAGUAAAGCAGACGACCAAUCCGAGUCGGAUGAUUUCAGCGACGAACACUUUGAAUCGCUAAGCGACGAAGAAGGCCUUCAAGAUGAACUUGAGGAUCUAUUGGCGGACAAUGCAGCCCUAGAAGAGGCUCAAUCCACAACCCAGACUUCCGCAGUCCUCGUUGCGCAAUUCCCGACCAAAAACAACAAAGUUUCCACACUACAGGCUGCUUUCCCUUCAGCACCAGGUACCAUCUGUGAAAAGGUUCUUGAAUGCUCCAACGAUGAUAUGAAGGCAGCGUACGGAUAUCUCGCCAAGCAAUUCGAACCCAAACUGCCCAGAUCUGCAAUGUCGCCACAAUCCGGAGAGCUCAUCUUAUCCAGAGAAGAAAACCCCCACAGUUCUUCUCAGAGCGCUGCCCCGACAAAUGGGGAUCCUACCAACUCUAUUGAGGGCAGUUCAUUCAAUGGCAUACAAGAUGACGAAGAUAGAUCAGACAGCGAUAAUGAUGCACAAGUUUCUGAUUUCGUGCGUCAAUUUGACCACCGUGGCCUUCCACCUGGGUCGAUUACUUCAGGCAAAGGAUUGAAGCAAAUGGCUGCUAUGUCCCGCUCAUUUAACGUUGAUAAGGUGGGCGGCGAGUGUGACACAACAUCCGCAGCACCGAACGAUAGCAAGAUUGGCUCUCGGCCAUUUCAUAAGAAUGAUGAUGCCUUGAAUGAUGGCGCAACUUCAAGUUCCGAAGAUGACGGCUCUGAAGACGACGGCUCUGAAGAUGACGACUCCGAAGAUGACGACUCUGAAGAUGACGACUCUGAAGAUGACGAAUCCGAAGCGCAGAGUGGCGAUGACUCUGAUGAGGGUGCGCCAUCAGAUAGUGGCGACAGCAGUGGCGAUGAGGUUAGCGACAACCCCGACAGUGGACCUGCCGGUGAUGAGCCACGCCAGUUGAAUGAUAAUCCAGACAAGUCAGGUAGUGAUGGCAGUGACGGCAGUGACGGCAGUGAUGACGAGCCAGAGGAAACGUCUAGUAGGUCUAUCACGGCAGAGAAUUAUCGAGGACCCAACGAGAAAGGUCUUCUCAAACAAGCCGAUGCCUCUAUCUCAGACGAAAGUGACAGCUCGGUCUCUGGUUGCAGCGAUACCACUUCUGAGGAGAGUUCUGAGGAGAGUUCCGAAGACGAAUCCAGUGAUGCUGGAUCACGCUUGGAACCCGAAAGAGAAAGUUUAGAAGAGCGAUCUGUGAAGCAUAACUCGGCCGUGGAGCGCCAGGUGGUGCGAGAUUUGUCCCAGCAGCAGAUUCAACUGCACAACGUAGCAGAACAAGUGCAGGCAGUACCCCCUGGAGGUGGUAAGGAGGCCACCAAGAAGCGAAAUGCUCGCCGAAAAGCUGCAAAAAGGGCUAGCAAACUAGCACAAACUACAACCACCUCGAUCAUAGAUGAAGCCAACUCUAACCCCGAGCAAGCCCUUUUCGAAGCCAAGCGCCAAGAACUACUGGCCGCGAUCGCUAAUGGUGGGCUGGAGUUUGGCCCAUCUACCCAACCUAGCCAACACGACGACAGAUCCCAAACAUCCGCCAUUGGAAAACGGAAGCGUGAUAAUUCGAAUGAAUUAGGUCAACAAGAUACCCACGGUGGCAGUUCGGGGAUAGAUGGGGGGGCAGACGGUCAGUCACCAGGCUCUUCUCAGAAAAGACGCCGAGUAGAUGCAGGCGCUAGCCGCCGACUUAUACUUGGUGCGCCAGGCGUUCGCAAUCCCAAGACGAAGAAGGAUGAGGAGGAGCUAAAGGUAAAGCGCAUGAAGAAUGUUCGGCCGCUGCAAAAUGCAAGACUUCAGGAAGAAAGUCGUGCUUUGGAGCAGACUGAUGAGACUAUGAAAGUAGAUAAAAGUUCUUGGCAAGACAGAAUCAUCUACCGAGCCGUGGAAUGCUGUCAUGAAGGAGUAGAGCUUGGUACGCCACCUUUCCCCUUUGUCCAACGCUGGGAUCCACAACAGCAGGGCCUGUGGUUUCAAAAGAAUAAACGUGGUGGCCAGAGUAAGCGAGCACAACGCAACCAGGCACACUUUUAUCAGGAAUCACACUCUGGCAAGAAGCGAAAGCACGAGGAAUCUACGAUAUGGGAUGAAGAAGGAUAUGACAAGACCUUUAACGGGGUUGAAGAUGCCACCGAGGUAGAGCUCGACUACGAUGACCGUGGCACGCACGAGACUACUACCAACGUAAGCCAAUACACAGACGUGGAUGACCUACCAUCUUUACCAUCGGACCUGUCGGCCCUCCCUAUCCUACAUCCUGGGGAAGUCAAGGCUGGCAUGGUGAUCACGUGGCAACAGUGGUCAUGUUCGUCUAGCACCAGCUGGCAACCACAACUCUCCAAUGUGACCGGCGUCGUAGUUAGAAUUGACGACGAUGCUACUGGCCUUGAAGUCUGUCUCGCUAAGAGAGAUCGAUACUUAGAUCGAAAUGAGAAGAAAUAUGAUCAGAACACUGGCCAACGUAUUUACGACAGAUUUGAAGCUCCGGAUCUUGACGAUGACGAAGACGAGCAAGAAGACGAAGGGUUUCGAACUAUUGGUUUCGCUGAAAUGCAACAGCCUAGAAUUCUUCAGCAGCCAUUGGCCGGUCUUCCUACCGAAAUGCCCAGCGAACAAAGUCCUUGCCUCGACGAAGCCAGCCCACAACCAGUCACAUCCCAAGCAGAACAGAUAUGUCCAGGAAUCGAUUCUUCGGUGCCCAAUGCAGGGGACCUCUACGUACCGAGAGAGGGUGACACAAGUUCCCAAGAGCAUCAGUCACAGCGAACACAAGUCGUGCCGACCUCUAAUUUGUCGCAGAUCGGUAGCCCCUCUCAACAGCUCCAUGAAAGCAUGGGCCAAGUCACGAGUCUGAUGAGUCAAGAAAAAUCUACACGCGAGUCUACCCAGGAUGCCCGUUCCGAGGCGUCCAAGUAUAGCUCCAAUAUCUCAGACUUAAACCUACCUAGCGCCAGGCACUCUUCUAUCCCCUUCGACAGCCAUGAAGUUGUCACCGGAACCCCCAAGGUCGUCACAUCCAAAGCAACCGUCUGUCUUCCGUCGAGUAGUGCUCGCAGCGGACGGCAAUUCGAUUACAUGGAUGUGGCGCAUACAGAGCUAGAUUCAUUCAGGAUCACGGACGACGGCGCUCCAGUUCAUAGCACAACAGAUCAGCACACCGAUAAUGAUGCGUCCACGCCCACGCCCACGCCCAGCCGUCAGAAAACAGCGACGAGUACAGAGGACGCCACAUUCUCAUCGCCGACUGCAUCAACCCCCAAUUCUCUAUGCUCCCUCAAUACCGUUUGGUGUACAGCUCUUACUUCACACAAUACGAAAAGUCCAUCCAAGUCCCAGUCCCAAUCCCAGUCUCAGUCCCAGUCUCAGUCCCAGUUCGCACCCACCCACGCAUCAGAAAAGAAGGGCAAGGAGCAAAAGGGUCUAGCGCAGAAAAAUCGGGAAUAUGAUGAAGCAAUGCAGAAGCUGGAUGAUUUUUCGGACGAAGAGGAGAGCGGAGGUGUUCAGGGAGGCUUUAAAAAUAAAUACGAUGCUAAUAUCGCUAUCAAAAAGUCGCCGCCGAUUAAGAUCUCGCCUCCCCCGAAGAGAGUGCAGAAGUCUUCGAAACAAUCAUCUCAAUUUACUCUUCCUCCCGGAACCCAGGUGAUCGAGUUAUCUUCUGAUUCGGAACCACUUUACACUGAAAACUACGCAGAUGAUGCGAUGGAUGGGACGUAUUCUCCUGGCCCAGACAGUAUCCCGAGAGGUAAUGGAUGGGUGGAUAAGAAGAUGGGUACCAAAUCCAAUCAAACAAAGAGCAUUGCUAAGCCCAUGAAGGCCAAACCGACAAAGAGAAAUCUUUCUUCGUCCCAAGAUGCUCGCUCGACAUCCCCUUCCACUUCGAUCGGCUUCAGCCCGAUCAAACCACGGAGGAAAACAAGCGCCAGGUUCUAGUCCUUCCGAGUGGCUAAUUGUGUAUUAGGUUAGCUGCAUAAUUAUAGGGUAAAAUGCCAGUUCUGAGACGUGUUGUAUCCAGGUCUCCUCGGGCCACAUGGCAGAUAGGGUACCUAAUGAAAGAUAAUCAACUCUAAGUAAGCACAAAUAAUACAACGAGUCGGAUAUUUUAGGGGGACACAAGUCACGGUUGCUAUGAAGACACAUUCCAUAGAUGUACAACCAAGGCUUGUACGGCAUGUAAAUUAAUACUGGCUCAGCAGUGAACUCAAUGUACCGGUGAUGAUGGCUUCUUCAACGGACAACCGACAGGCGAGUAACUUGAGUAGCACUUUGUACUUUAAUAUGAAUUUUUCUAUGCAAGCCG